AUGAUGGACAUCUCGCCCGUCCUCCCCACCCUCCUGCGGGAGAUGCCAGCUCUGCCGGCACACGGCAGCGCUCGCGACGGUGGCCCUCUCAACAUUGUGGCCCAUGACGACCUGGACCCGCAGAGCUUGAUGCGCGCCCUGAGCCCGGACGAGUACCUGCGGGGCAUGCUCAGCCUGCUCGAGUGCAACGCCGCCGCCGCCGAUCAAAGCUCUGCCGCCUCGGGCUCGCUCGCCCGCGUCUCGUUUGUCCUCUGCUACGGCUCGCUGCGGCACGACAUGAUCUCCCUCCGCUUCAUCGGACGCUAUUUGUCGCAGUGCCUCGCACUCGACGCUCACUACCCGAACCUUGUCGGUACGAUCCUCUGCGUCAACGCGCCGGCCGCCUUUGCCCGCGGCUACGGCCUCGUCAAGAGGUGGAUCUCCGAGGACAUCCGCGGACGCAUCAGGGUGGAGGAGCCGGCCACAUCCGCAGCCGCCAUCGCUGAGCUCGCCGGCCCAGAGAGCCUGCCGACGGCCUUUGGCGGCUCGUGCGCGCGCCUCUCUGCGCAGCAGGCUGACGCGGCUGGCUGGAGCCGCGUGCCCAUCGACGAACGCCGGCGGUUGUGGCAGCAGUCGAAGCUCGCCGGCUACCUGCUGCACGAGGGAGAGGUGCGCGUGGAGGCCGAGGUGGAGACCGAGGAAGAGAAGGCCUUCCACGGCUUCUCCUCGUCGCUCGGCUACCCUCUCCCUCUCGCUCCGGAGCCGGUGAAGCCCGUGCGGCGGCCGUGGUGGGCAGCCUGCUUCCCCAUCGCGCGGCGGAUCCCGCGGACGCUAUCCACGCUCUCCCUGGACGCAUGA